AUGGCUCUGGAGCACCGGUUCACUAAACUUUCCUUGCAUGAGCAGGGGAAGGAUAUGGUCUCAGGUUCAUCGCGCCCUAAGAAUCCGAAUGGCCUGCCAUACGAACUCGCUGUCAAACCAGAGGAUGUUCCAAUAAUCCCCGACCCUGGCAUCUUCAAAUUUACGACACCGAUAAGUGUCGACCAUGAGCCCUCAAGAAGACGGAUGACUCUGGACUUGGCUUUGCCUACUCUGUCUGAGUGCGCUGCUCACCUCGAAUUCCUGGAGACGCUCUUCAUUUUGAGGCAGAAGAUUCUUGUUUCGACUGAAUUGGAUGAAGCGAUGCAGAUUAAACCUAUCAGAGAGACCAAGACUGGGUAUCAGGGAGAUGAGAAGACGCUCAAGGAUGACAAGCUUUGGGAACGAAGACAGGCGAAGUGGCCCAGAUUUGUUGAGCUUGCUACUGUUCGCUUUCUUGCAUGGCGAGAUCAUUUCAACAAGUCUUCGGCAAGAGAAAUUACACGAGAUAAUCUCCCGCCUCUUGAUGUUCUCAUGGUCUGGCAUUCAUUCCUUCUCAAUCCUCGUCUAUUCUUCAAUACCUGUUCCAGAGAACCGCUCUUCUCAGUCAAGUUUCCCUGGAAGCACAUUCACCACGCCAUCGAUAAUACAGAGUGGACUUUCGCCCUGCCACCAGCAGCCACAGCGAACUACGAAGAAGCAUCGGGCUUCGGGCCGAAUCUCUUCAACGAUAUUAUCUCAUGGAAAGGCCUCUCAUCCUUGGCGCUUGUUCACAUGUCGCAGGAGGGGUUUGGGGUCCGUGGCUAUAGGCCCAUGACAGACGAAAGUCCGUGCAAGGAAUACUCACAGCUCUUUCGAAAGUGUGACUCGGAAUUCGGGAAACAGCUGAGAGAUGCUGUUAUUCGUCAGGCUUCGUUUGCCGAUAAGAUGAAUUCGCUCAUGUGGAUAAGAUCUCCUGCUCUCCAGGGGACGAUUAGACGAGCUAUUUCGCGGUAUCAGAACUUCUGCAAGCUUCUCAAGAUGUCCAAAACCACUGUUGUGCCAACAUUGGAUAUUGAUCUGCUAAGCAUUAUGGACAAGCGAUGA